GUGUCUGAGUGAGCCGACUCCACUGAACGGCGGGAGUCUAACAUUAGUCGUGAGAUAAACAUCAACAAUGUUGAUUUGUAUUAACGUCGAGUUAAACUUACUAUAAAGCCGAAUAUACAUUAAUUCCGCGUGUUACAGUAAACGGAGACGUGGUUAAACAGUUAAGAGGUCCUUCAUGUAAACUCGGUAAUUUGUCCUGAUGCAGGCGCUGGAGGAAACCGAGUCCUCCCUCUCUGACAGAGUAGAGCUGAUGGCUGUGAGGGGGGAGGAGGACAAAGCAGAGGGAGAGAAGGAGAAAGGAGGAGGUGAAGGAGCAGCUGAGAGUGCUGUGGAUACCAUGGGCGAUGAUGGAAAAGGCGAGGAGAAAGAAAAUGAAGAGAAGAAGGAGGGAGAGAAGGAGGAUGAAGAGAUGAACGGAGGCGUGCAGGCACAGAAAGAAGAGGAGGACUGGGAGAUCCCUUACAGCGACGAGGAGAUGGAGGACCCUAAGAACUGGAUGCCUUCGCCAGAGGAGAUCAAGCGGCUGUAUGAGCUUCUGGCUAAAGGAGAAAUCCUGGAGCUGAAGUGGAUUCCUCUCCCUCGAAGACCACCCACUCCCCCACGCACUCCUUCGCCAGAGAGAGACGGAGAGGACUCCCAGGAGGCCAAACAGGAGGAGAACCAGCGCAAGGCUCCCUCACCGACCGAGUUCGACUUUGACGAAGAGCAAACCAUGGCGACUCCGAAGAACGCCUUCCUCAGCCGACGCAGGACGCCAGGCUCGUCCGCCCGCUCUACAGUGAAGCGUGAGGCACGGCUGGACAAGGUUCUCUCCGAUAUGAAGCGGCACCGGAAGAUCGAGGAGCAGAUCCUGCGGACGGGGCGUGACCUCUUCAAGAGCGACAAGCCACCUGCCAGGCUGCCCCCGCAGGAGCGCUUAUCACCCACCAGCCAGAGGGAGAGAGAGAAGGAGAGAGAGAGAGACAGCGACCCCAGCACCGUCUUCAGCCCCAGGCAGAGGCGAUACUGAGGAGCCAUACAGACAUUUGAGGGCAGACCCCCGUUUUCUGUGGGGGUCUUUUGCCUGUGACUUAAUUUAAUUUUAACAACGGAAAUUUGGUGUUCCUGGUGUGUUUUUUUUGUUUGUUUGUUUUUUUAUAUAUAAUAACUACCAAGUGUAAAUGUGUCUGUGUUAAUGUGUGAAAGAGAGAAGGUUCUCACUAGAAUAAAAGUUCUGUCCAGAUGAGCCUUCUGGGUUGUACAGUCCGAGUGCAGAACACUGGCCCCUAAGCAGAACAUACAGAACUGCCUA